GCACUCGUUCCGGUUUCUGGUGAAGGACAUGUGAAGUGUACAAACUUACGACUGCUGCCAUGGCCCUAAUGUUUCAGAGAUUAGGCUGUCAUAUAUUAAGAACAAAUCUGAAGACCACUUUUCAAACUACCAGAACUGCACAGUCACUUGUCAGUCAUUCAGAGGUGCCAUAUUUACCUGUGAUAUUUAAUCCCAGUCAAAAACAAGUGAAAGUAAACAAUAAAAAUCAAAACUCUUCCGACAGUGUUGCUUUAUUUUUCUGGUGCAGCGACAAUGUGACGUCAUGUGACAAAAAGAAACAUUCUGUUCAUGAAAAAGAACAAAACCAAUUUGACUGGAGAAAAGAUUUACUCAUAAUAAAUUCAGAUUUAUCAACGUUGUGUAUUCUUCCAAGAUUGAAACAGAGUCUUGAAGUUACAUAUGAAAAUGGCCAAAACAAUGAUCAUGCCAGUUCUGAGUUUUUAAAUAUUUGUUCAAAUUCGAGUAAAUCAUUAGAAUUUCUACAGAAAGACAUUUCAAGAGAAAUAAGUUCAACCUUAGAGAGUAUAAAUCUACCUCAAGAAGAAUUAGAAUUUUUGAAAAGCAGCAUAUCAUGGUACAGCAGUCAACCCAUACCUUCAUCACCAGACAAAACAGAUUUGAAAACCCCUGAUGACAAAAGUUUUGGAAAACCUUCCAUGGAACAGUUGGAGGCUGUUAAAGAAAGAUUGGCAGAGACACUUCCAAAUUUUUUUAAAAAGGUAGUGGACUAUUCAAUAUAUGACCCGAAAAUUGUAUUUGUGAACAAUAUAUGGAAUAGAAAAACCUCUGGCAUUGGCAUGUAUUCUUUAAAUCUAUCUGUGAUCAGGAUAUUGGCAUAUUUCAAGUACACUCAAAUCACUGUACAAAUUCUUAAAAUAACAGUUCACCCCGAGGAUGGAGCAGUGAAAGUAAGAUGGAGGGUUGCUGGGUUAUCCAACACAGCAUCUUUAAAGUUUUGGAAUUACUAUCCAGGAAAAUACAGGGAAAAUGUGGAAAAGGAUUCACAAUGGACUGAUGGCCUUUCCACAUAUUACAUCAAUAAAAAUGGUAUGGUAUACAGACAUGUUGUAGACAAUGUUAUACCAGACAAUGAAAUACCAAAUGUUGUCCCAGUUGCCCCAGUUGCCCCAGUUGCAUAAUCUUAAUUCUGGACACUUAAAAAAAAAUAAUGGUGUUUCACUAGAAAACAGUUUUAAAAUGACUUGUAUCAAAAAAUUUAUUUAUUUUUAAAUAAUAUAAUUGCUUCUGCUUAAGAUUCAGUAUAGAUCACAUUAUUUGAUAGUUUGCGUUUCAAAAUCUGGCAAAAGUUUUGAAUAUCACUAUUUUUUCCAUCACUUGUGUAUGUGUACAGUACAUAUAAUUACAUUUGCUUAUUAGGGUGAAAAUGACAUAUAAACAGAGAAAUGAGAAACAUCACAGUUGUUUGGAUGAUUCAAACAGAAUAAGCAGAAAUUUCUUGUGUAUUAGAGGUUUUGUUAAUUUGUGUGUGGUAACUGUUGUAUUCAAGUCUGUCAACCUUCAAAGUUGCAUGUUAAUUUAAGAUUUUGAAGGUGUACAGACUUAUGGAACUUGGCAGUUUGGUCAUGAUAGUUAUGUUAGUAAUAAUACCAUUUUAGUCUCCUGAAGUUUCAUUUGCAUUUUCCUUGUGCAAAGUAAAGCACAUUAUUAUAAUUGAUGGUCAGAGGUCUUUUAAAAAGUCAAUUAAAGAUAACAGUACUUAAAGUGCAUACCUGCCAACUGUCACUAUUUGUGGGGGAUUUCCCCCAUGAAAGCUUCCAAAAGGAAAAUUUGAAAGAGCAGUUUUGUCCACUAUUAAAAACAAAACCAUUAAUUUUACAAUGACUAUAGGGUUGUAAAAGUAUGAAGAAGCAAAAAAACAAUAUUAAAAUACAUUUGAAAGCCCUCGAGUGUUUUUUAGGUCUAUAAGAGCUGUCUUUCACGAAAAACCCCCAUGGGCAUUUUGAAAUGUUGGCAGGUAUGAAAGUGCUUUAAUAGUUUUACAUGUAUACUUUAAAACUAUUAGUUUGAAGUCAGUGAAAUCUAUCUAAACCAAGUCACUGCUGAUUUUUUGUCGAGCCUUCGAAUUUUGUCGAAAAAGCGAGACAUAGCGAUCCUACAUUCCGUCGGCGUCGUCGUCGGCGGCGGCGGCGGCGGCGGCGUCCACAAAUAUUCACUCUGUGGUUAAAGUUUUUGAAAUUUUAAUAACUUUCUUAAACUAUCCUGGAUUUCUACCAAACUUGGACAGAAGCUUGUUUAUGAUCAUAAGAUUAUAUUCAAAAGUAAAUUUUGUAAAAAAAAAAAAUCCAUUUUUUCCGUAUUUUACUUAUAAGUGGACUUAGUUUUUCUGCCAGGAAACAUUACAUUCACUCUGUGGUUAAAGUUUUUCAAAUUUUAAUAACGUUCUUAAACUAUCCUGGAUUUCUACCAAACUUGGAAAGAAGCUUGUUUAUGAUCAUUAGAUAGUAUCCAGAAGUAAAUUUCGUAAAAAAAAAAUUCCAUUUUUUCCGUAUUUUACUUAUAAAUGGACUUAGUUUUUCUGCCAGUUAACAUUACAUUCACUCUGUGGUUAAAGUUUUUAAACUAUCCUGGAUUUGUACCACACUUGGACAGAAGCUUGUUUAUGAUCAAAUGCUAGUAUCUAGAAGGAAAUUUUGAUAAAAUUUUGUUCCAUUUUUUCCGUAUUUUACUUAUAAAUGGACUUAGUUUUUCUUCCAGUCAACAUUACAUACAGUCUGCAGUUUAAGUUUUUAAAACAUUUAUUAGAUUCAUGAAUUAUCCUAGAUUUUUACCAAACUUGGACAGAAGCUACUUACAUUCAAAAGAUAGUAUAGAGAGAGAUAUUUUUUUUAAUUUUUUUUCUCAUUUUUGUUGAGCCUGUGAUUAACAGCAAAAGUAGGCGAGACACUGGGUUCCGCGGAACCCUUACGAAUUUUUUCCAUUAUAAAUACUACCAGGAUUGUUUUUUUUUCUGGUUUUGGUUACUUUACUCAAUGAUGUUUUGAUUUAACAUUCUGUUAAAUGUUUGUUGAUUUGAAAUGUACAUUUAUAGAAUUUAGAACUAUUUUGUUUAAUACAAGAAAAGAAGGACAUCUUACAAUGACAAUCUAUAUACCUAAGGCCUAUAAGAUUUUGGUUGAACAACUAACCACAAUUUUUGUUUCUGUUCUACUGAUAUGUAUGUUGUAUUUUUAUAUUAAAAUAUUAUUGUUAA